CGGACAGCGGCUCCAGCGGGUGCACACGGCACAGUCGAGCGCAGUGCGAGCGAGUGCACACGGCACAGCGGAGUGUCACCCGUGGUUCCAGACUCAGUGUUUACGAGGUUCCAGACUCGUAUUCAACGCGGCCGGCGGUUAUCAAGAAACCACGAACCAUAUCGACUUAUCAAAACUCAUCUCAGCUCUUCAUAGAUCGUCUCCGCUCAGCACAGCUCGUCUCAGCCGCCCAGACUCAGCCCAUCCGGCUCCCAGCACCAUCGGCCAGUGACCCACAAAGGUGACCUGAACAGCCGACCGUUCCGGCGGCAGCCGACAGCCGACCAUGACUGUCCUAGCAGCCAAGCUGGGCGCGCUGGCCAUACUGUUCUCCACCUCGCUUCUGCUGGGUCUGCUGCCGUUCCCACUGCGGCCGUGGCUGAGACAGGGUACCGGGCGCAGCCGCGCCGCCCGGCUGGCCAUCUCCUGCCUACAGUGUCUGGGCGGCGGCGUCCUGUUGGCCACGGUACUAACGCACAUGCUGCCUGAGAUUCGCGAGAGUCUGGAGGCUGGAGGGAGGGGAGGCGACUUCCCGCUAGCCGAGGUGCUUCUCUGCGCUGGCAUGUUCUCCAUCUACGCCGUGGAGGAGGUGGCGAUGUUGUUGUCACCUCAGAGAGAUGAGGGCGAGGAUGGAGACAGGUCACCGAUACUACAGCCGCGGCGGGGUACCGACAAGGCGGCUGAGGCGGCCGGCGCGGCGGCCAGGGCGGGUUACGGUACCGUGCCGUCCUCUAGCAGCGCAGAGGCGAACGGAGGGCACGGUCACAGCCACAGCUUGGUAACGGCGGCGGGCGGCGGUCCGACCGGCCUGGCCUCGUUCCGCGUGCUGAUCGUGACGGCCGCGCUGUCCGUGCACUCUGUGUUUGAGGGCGUGGCCAUCGGCCUGGAGCCCUCCGAGCCCAGCGUGUGGCUGCUGACGGCCGCCAUCGCCACCCACAAGGCCAUCAUCGCCUUCUGCUUGGGCGAGCAGCUGGCGGCCACCCAGCGUCGUCUCCGCUCCGCUAUCGUCUCUCUCACGAUAUUCGUGGCGGCGGCACCUAUCGGUAUUCUGAUCGGCAUUCUCGUCAUCUCGAGCGAAGGCGAUGACGUGGACACACAGGCUUUUGCCACAGACAUACUUCAAUCGCUGGCCGCCGGAACCAUCCUCUACGUGGUGUUCUUCGAGAUCAUCCAGGGAGAGCGAGCCAAGCCGGGCGGCGGACUGCUGAAGCUGCUGGCUAUCCUGGCCGGGUUCGGCAUCAUGUUACUGGUGACUUCGUUCCUUCAGGAGCCUGACGACGACCAGCCGACGCCACUCACGCCAGUCACCGACGCAACGUGAGGAAGAAACGGAACGAUAACGGCAGGUCACAGCAGAAUGAGGCUCUCUAUAGCUGUUCAGCGUCGCCACCGGCGUCGCUACGUGUAAAGUUCGGUGGUGAGCGGAAGGUUUGGUGGUCGGAAGGGACGACGCAAGCGACAGCCGGCGGUUGGCGGCGGCAAGAGACGCUACGGGAGGAAAUAGCCAUGAGGGAAGCGGGGGCAUUGGGGGCCAGAGGGGGGGGGGGGGCGGACUCGCGCGCUUCUGUUAUCGGCCCCAAUGGCGCCGGUGGAACAGAAGGCGCCUUCGAGUCGUCUCUAAAGUGUUUUAGCCAGUACGGACGUAACCGAAGGCCGUGAGCCGCCUAACAUAUCUGUCGGUGUGGGUGACCAGUAGGGGCUCAGUAUUAACCAAAACCAGUUUUACUCUGCCAUGAACAAAUGGGAUGGGUCUUCUGUUGAGCGUCGUGAGUGUGUUUUUACUUAAGUGUGAUGGCGUGUGACGUAGUGUUCUGGCAGAACAUGUGUCUGCCAUUAUGUCUUACAGUUUACGACAGAAGGAUGCUUCGUUAUUUCCCUUACAUUGCAAGCGCCGCUAUAGAAAACAACAGGGCGAAAAUGCUAGAGUGCAAGCUGUCUUAUCCAUGUCAAAAUGUACGAACUUGCUCAGUGAGCGAUUGUCUAUUAUCGGCGAUCUGUUGCGAUCGUAGAUCUAUGAGCCUUGUCACUUAACAUCAGCGAGCAAUAAUUUGUCUGUGAGCUAGGUGAGCAGUUUGGAGAGUUGGGUGUUGUGUUGCUUCAUGAUAUAAAAUGCAUAAACAUUACAUUUUG